AUGACGACCAUACUCGAAGACACCUUUAUCUGCCAAGAGGUGGAUAUGGUGUACAAGGAUCCGCGGAAUCCGGCUUUGGGGAAAGUGCGUGAGAAAAAGUUCGACCGGGUCAGUCGUCUGGUAGCAGAGUCACUGCAGCAGCGUAUGCGACUUACGCUCGAUGUGCAUAGCCAGUUGUUUCCGGUUCGAGCGGGCGACCGUUUUCUGCUGGUUCUCAUGUCAAGUGUAAGGCUGGACGGUGCACCCUGCGACGGCACCUAUGAUCAGUCUGGUGCACCGACAGUUAUCAACCGAUAUGAUUACGUGAUGUGCGGCAAGGUUUUCCACCAGGAAUCGGAAGGUGCGCAUCAAUCUGCGGUUUGUAUAAGCUUUGGCGGUCUGCUGAUGCGUCUUCAGGGUAGUCGAAAUGUCAUUGACCUCGCGGACUUGCGCUUGGAUAAUCGUGUCUAUUUGUUACUCCGAAGAGUAUAA